GACUUGUUUGCACUGGGCAUGUAAACGGAACCAUGCUCCAGUGGUGGCUUACCUGCUGCACGCUGGUGCUGACAAGGAGAUCCUCACGAAGAAAGGAGAAAGGCCAGCCCAAUUAACGUCAAAGAGAGAGAUAAGGAAGAUGUUGGGAGUGGAAGAUGAUGAACUCCCAGACUUGAAGAAAGAUUCAGAUCUGCCAAUCAUCCCUAAUUAUCUGGCUAACCCACCUUUCCCUUACGUUUAUAACACCAUGAGUAACAGUAUUCCAGAUUCCCCUGUGAAUGGGAGUAUCUCACACUUAGAAUCACAAGAUACCGACUCUCCUUCCUCACCUGAUGUGCAGACUGGCACACGUGCAUCAUUACAGCAUGGGAAUGCUGCUCCCAAGGCGGCUGAUAACGGAGGCAUGCCGUCACUGCCCAGAGGCUGUACUGCACCACGACACUCAAAACCUGUCCUUCAGAAAGGUCCAGUUUACCAGGGAUCUGUGUCGUGGAGCAGAAGUCCCCCUUCGCCAGUUGGAUCAAAUCAGUCUGUACCUCAGCAAGAGAACGGCUCCUGUAUGGGGCCUGUGCCAGCAUUUCAGCCGGUUUUCUUCACAGGAGCUUUUCCACUUAAUAUGCAAGAACUGGUGCUUAAAGUUAGAAUACAAAACCCUAAUCUUAGAGAAAAUGACUUCAUUGAAAUUGAACUGGACAGACAAGAACUGACCUAUAAGGAACUGCUCCGAGUGAGUUGCCGUGAGCUGUGUGUUAACCCUGAGCACGUACAGAAGAUCAGAAAAUUACCAAAUACAAUGUUAAGAAAGGACAAAGAUGUUGCAAGGCUACAGGAUUUCCAAGAACUGGAGCUUGUUCUAACAGUAAGCGACAAAAACUUACUUUUCAGAGUCCCAACACUUUCUGAACGGAGUGGUUAUAACAAGAAGGCAUCAGAACUGACAUAUUAAUUGUUUAAAGAAUAAAAUAAAAGAUUUGUAUCUCUCAUUUUAAAAUUACAUUUGAAAUACAGUAUCUAUAAGGGCUAGUGAUGUAAAAAAAAAAAAUCUAUUUUGUUAACCUUGAAAUAAACUAAAGAUGUUAUGCA